ACACAGCCUACAGGCUACUCUAACCCUAAGAAUUGUGGUGAAUUCGAGGCUGUUUUUUAAGAAAGUAUUUGUUGACCGAGCAUGCAAAGUGGAAAGCACUCGUUAUCAGGAGAGGACAUCGCCUCCCAUGUUGUUCAUAUGGACUAUAAAAAAAUGGACAAUGGGACAAUAAUUAGGAGCUGCUUUUGAAAAAAAAAGGAUGUUGUUUUCUAGAUUGGAGAGCGAGAAGGCUCACUCCCUGACGCAAAAUAAUUACUGAAACUGCCAUAAUAUUUACUAACCACGGCUGUCUCAUCAUUUUUUUUUAAAUCAAAGCUCAUCAAGAACGUAAUAUGUUUGUGCCAUGCAAGAGACACCAACUGUUUUCUAGGGUUCAUUAAGUUUCCUAAUGAAUUCCGGUGAUUAAUGAGUAAAGCUUGUUAACACACAUGCCACCCACGGUGAACUUGGAGCUUCUCCUACGUGUUGAGAAACAUCAGAGGGAUUUAACAACUGUUUUUUUAAAUCAAACAAACUAGAGAAUCAAUCCAUAUAUCUGUAAUCUCAAGGACUUUGAAGCUCUUGAUAUUAUCUUUAUGACUGUCCCUUAUCACUAAAAUGAUAUGUUUAUUGCCUUGUUGAAACAUUAUUACAGACAUUUGUGAAUUUUGCUCUUCAGCUCUUCCCGUUUGCGUGCAAUGAAUUGUUUUUGGCAACAUUACUUUUAUUUCAUUUACGUGAAAAAUACUGAAAUUACGAUGGAGAACUACCUCACCGAACUUGAAAUACAUGAAUCAGAAGGAAAGCUUUUGUUUUACAUGUAUAUGGUCUGCUAGCAGGACUUGUGGCAUACAGUUUAAUGUUCACCUAGUCAACGUAUCAUUCUGCACUUGAAGACUUCAUUUUGAGAUUUUUUUAUUCGGUAAAAGAAAAAAGGAAAACUUUCCUACAGAACUUUCAUCCAAAAAUCAAUGUGAAAAUAAUCAUGGUCCUAGCAUACGAACCAAGAGGCUAGUUGUAACACCAAUCUGCGAAGGAUUAUUAUAACUUUUUAAAACACUACGGUUCGUUAAGGAGAGCCUAUACUCAUUUUGGAAGACGCAAUGUCCAUCGGUUUCAUUUAAAUAAUUUGAUCAUAACGGAGGAAAGAUAUUGUUCAUCUACGUGACAGAAAUUAAACUCUGUUAAUGCUAUGGAUAUUGGUCUUAGAACAGCACACGCUGUUCGUCAAGGUAUAAUCGUCACGGUCCCGGUCGAGAAAGACAAAAUAUCUAAAAGUGGGAACCUAGUGACGAGAGAAGGGACGAAGAACGAAGGAAACAUGUCGAAAAAACGGGUUCGUUUUCUCGAUAGAACCGUGGCUCAAGAACUUAUCCUAAGAGAACAAACACGACUUGAAGAUAGAAUCCUGGCCCUGAGACAAAAGUACAACUUCUCAAAGGAGAUCGAAGAUGAUUCGGAUGAUGACGGGCUCAAACGAAAUACGGGUAAUGAGAUAGAUAUAGUGCAUCAAAGACUGUUGAAUGGCGCUAGACGCCCAAACUCGAGUGUCGGGUUCAGAACAAAAAGGGAUAAAGAAGGACCAACCGAGGAUGCCGAAGUUAGACCCCGACGAUCCUACAGCUUGAGUCGUCUUGAGGAACUGGCGAAACCAAGAGGAAGAUCAAAGUCGGUUCAACCGGUGAAAAAGAGCACAAUCAUAACGUUAUCCCCGGAUCACCUUCGACUGGCGAUUCCACAGAAAACACCUAGAACUAUAACUCAGUUAAAAGAUUUGCCAGCAGAUGAAAUGGAUUACCUUCUGCAGCCAAAAUCAUUGAAAGAGUUCUACGCCAUGGCCGACAUGUGCUCAUCUUCUAGAUCAUCUAGUAGAGCAAGCCGUUCUUCUGCGACACAUAGGAAGCAGUCAGCAGGCAACACUCGUCUCAGGAAUUCUGCAGUGGCACCAGCAGCAACAGAAACAGUAUCACCGACAUCUCCUCAAAUCAAACCCAAAUUCAAACCAUCUCUAAAGAUGGCAGCAACUGGUGUCAUGUCUAUGAGUGCCAAACCGAAAAGCAUUCGAAAGACCGAGUCGUCGUCAACCGCCUCGCAAUCCUGGACAACAGCGUUGUCGGUACGGUCGCCGAACAUCGUCACCGGGCGCUACCAAAUGCCUGGAGGACGCGUCCUACGACUACGCCCAAGAAAACCUGCAUGGAAAGAACCAGAAGCAGAAGAAGGCAGAGAAGAUGGAACAAAUCAGUCUCAGGAAAAAUCAAAAGAUGAAAUUGAAACAAAAGAUAAGAAAAAGGGUACAGGGAAUGACCAAACCCCACGAAAGACUGACAAGUACGUAACAAUGCGAUAUUACAGGCCGGACUCUCGUUCUCUUGAUGCAUCACAACUGACUAAAGAUCUUAUCAAGUGCAAGUAUCUCAGACGGCGCGAACAAGAUAAAGUACUUGAUUUAAAGGAAAUCUUUAGGAAAUAAUUAUAUUGUAUAACAUAUUAAGGUGGACUUGACCUUUAAAACUGAUGUAUCUUUCCAGUCGAUCACAGUUAGUACUAUAGACUUUGAUUUGAAUUGAUUGUUGCUAUGUCUAUAAGAGAAUUAACAAAGCAGUGGCAGCCACCAAUGAUAAGUGUUUUAAAAAUGGUUGGUAGUCAAAUUAAUUAUUGUUGCCAAGAAAAACAAUUUCCUUGCUAAUUCAGUGAAAUUUAUUUUGUCUAAAUCCUUUGAAAAAAGCAGAUAGAUUAUGGAAUUUUAAUUUGAUUGCUUUAAAUUUUACUACAGCAUUACAGUGAUGCAUGUACAUGUAUAUUUACGGCCAUGAUAAUAUUCACAGCAAAUAGUUCUUACUCGGUAUACAUUAGAUAUCCUCCAAUAGACAAUGGUAGAAGGAAGGAGAAAUAAACUAAUGAAGUACUGCCAAAAAAUGUUUGCAAUCAAUUACAAAUUUCUGUUGCGAAUUACCAAUUGAUAUAUCAAUUGUAACUAUAUCCAAAUAGAUUUUGCAUCUUGUUGCGAGAAGAAAACAAGCGAUCAAGUGCGAGUUUGCAAUAAAUAACUAGAUUAAUGACUGAUUUUUGGACAGAAAUUUGACUUGAAAUUGAUUGCAAGUUUUUUGCAACACCCCAUUAGAAUUCUUUACACUCACAAUGCCGAUGUCAAAUCGUAAAAUUUAACAAUAGCUAAAUGUCUUUUAUUGUGCAAUUACAUGUCUCCCCAUGUUACAGAUAAGCUAAAUCAAUAUGAUUCGAUGGUUUUCACGGAUAACCGGUAUUACGAAGUUCAUAUUUUAUCAUAUUUAACCAUUUAAAACCCUUAUAAUUUGCUCUGAUGUCGAUUAUGAGCUGAGCUUACUUAUGAAAAGGACAUAGGCCUGUCACAAUGAAUGGAAUUCAAAAGCUUUUUAUUUAUUGACUCCGUGUUCACAAAAUGCAAACUAUAGGUGUAAAAACGUACAACGACACCCCCCCCCCGGGGGGGGGGGGGUAUAUGCACCUGGGGACAGGAGAAUCAGUUGCACCCAUAAUUUUUAAAUCUAUUAUUGUUAUUGCCAUUAAACCUAAAAUGACGUUAAGGGUGGGCCCAGUCCAUCUUUGAAAAUAAAAAAAAGAACACCUUUAUGGUAAGCUGGGUUGCUUCGCUCGCUUGCUU